AUGUCUCCUCGCGAUGGGCGAAAUGGCCUGUCCCCAACCCAGGGACUGGUGGGCAAGCCGUUGUUGUACUUUACGAGUGUUUUUGUAUCACUGGGCGUCUUUCUCUUUGGAUAUGACCAGGGUGUCAUGUCCGGAAUCAUCACGGGCAUUUUUUUCCGAGAUUACUUUGGCCAACCGUCGCCAGCGACCAUCGGAACCGUGGUAGCUAUUCUCGAAAUCGGUGCCUUCAUCUCUUCGCUGCUGGUAGGCCGCAUAGGCGAUGUCAUCGGUCGUCGUCGGACAAUUCUUUACGGCUCCGCCGUCUUCUUCGUCGGUGGUGGUCUGCAAACCUUUGCUCUCAACAUGCCCAUGAUGAUGGUCGGCCGUGUCGUGGCUGGUCUUGGCGUCGGUGCGCUGUCCACCAUUGUGCCUGUAUAUCAAUCGGAAAUUUCGCCUCCCCAUAAUCGCGGAAAAUUAGCCUGUAUCGAGUUUACAGGAAAUAUUGCCGGAUAUGCGACCAGUGUCUGGGUGGAUUAUUUCUGCAGUUUCAUCGAGUCGGACAUGUCAUGGCGCCUGCCCUUGCUGUGCCAGUGUGUGAUGGGUGCCUUGCUGGGCCUGGGCAGCUUGAUCAUUUGCGAAUCCCCUCGAUGGCUGCUCGACAACGACCACGAUGAAGAAGGCAUGGUUGUCAUCGCCAACCUCUACGGCGAGGGUGACAUUCACAAUGACAAGGCGCGACAAGAAUAUCGUGAGAUCAAGAUGAAUGUUCUCAUGCAGCGACAAGAGGGCGAGCGAUCGUACAGCGAUAUGUUCAAGCGCUACUGGAAGCGAGUCUUCAUCGCCAUGUCCGCUCAGGCUUUGGCCCAAUUGAACGGUAUCAACGUGAUCUCGUACUAUGCACCCUUGGUCUUUGAAUCGGCCGGGUGGAAAGGUCGCGCGGCGAUCUUGAUGACCGGCAUCAACGGAAUCAGCUACCUGCUCUCCACCGUGCCGCCAUGGUACUUGGUCGACAAAUGGGGUCGCCGCCCUAUCCUGCUCUCCGGUGCCGUGGCCAUGAUGAUCUCCCUCUCCCUGAUCGCCUACUUUAUCUAUAUCGAGAUCAGUGCAACCCGUACCUUGACGGUCAUCUUCGUGAUGAUCUACAACGCGGCUUUCGGUGCUUCCUGGGGACCGAUCCCCUGGCUCUACCCCCCGGAGAUUCUUCCUCUGAGCAUUCGUGCCAAGGGUGCCAGUCUCAGUACCGCUAGCAACUGGGCCUUCAACUGGCUCGUGGGCGAGUUGACUCCUAUCUUGCAAGGCCUGAUCGGAUGGCGAUUGUAUCUGCUUCAUGCCUUCUUCUGCGCGUGCAGUUUCGUGGUUGUCUUCUUCUUGUACCCCGAAACCAGUGGUGUUCGCCUCGAAGACAUGAACGUUUUGUUCGGCGACGCUACAACCGCCAUGCCGACGCCCGUCACCGAUGCCGAGCGCGGCUCGUUGAUGGGCGGUGGCUCCCCUGUCCCCUCUCUUGACAUUCGCCGGCCCUAUGGCCAAUUCGGUGCCGAUAGUGCCAUUCCGGGGUUGGACAUCGAUCCGCCUUCCAUGAGUGGCGAUGGCUUCGCGAAAUCUGGCCGAGCUGGGUCGCAAGCUGGAAGCCACCGUGGUGAAGGCAUUGGAGGCUGGAUCUCCAAUAUGGUCAACCGCCAUCGUGGAGGAAGCACCAGCUCCCACAAUCCGAGUCAAUAUCGACGAUUGGACCAAGGCGAGGAUGUAGACGGCCACUAA